CUAAAACGAUUAAUCGUCAUCGAAGUCACAUUUUGUAAACAAAUUAGAUUUCAUCAAGUUUUUAGAGAGACUAAAAGAUUAAAAAAGAAGAAAAAGGGAUUAAAAUAUGGCACACAAGACUCCCGUUUCCGUGCUUUAUGAACUUUGUGCUAAGGUUGGACUUCCAGAUCCCAGAUUCGUGGAUCUUUCCAAAAAUCAAAAGGAAUUUGAAUGUGGCGUUGAGGCUUUUGGGUACAGGAAGCGAUCCAGUGGGGACAGCUACAAGAAUGCCAAACAAAAUGUUGCUAAGAAACUCUUGGACAUUCUGGAGAGAGAUAGAAUUGAUCUCAGGGAAGAUAUUGAAAAGAUUUCCGGAAAGUUCCAUAACCAUGUGGGAGUUCUAAUUGAUAAAUGCAUCAAGUUGCAUCUUCCCCGACCCCGAUUUGUCGUUGUGGAACAAAAUCUCAACAGGAUUACUAUAAAUUGCAUUGUCGGAGAUUAUAAAGCCUAUGCGACUGAGUUUUCUGCCAAACAUGCUAAGGAUGCUUCGGCUAAGGCCAUGCUGGACAGGCUUGCCAAUAAUCAGCUUGAGCAGCAGGUCAUUCCACUCUUUAAAGGACCCCAGAGAAUUUUUCUCAAUGUUGAUGGUGACCGUUAUAAUUCUGCUAGGAAGCUUCUGGAAAAUGUUCCAGAAUCAGCAAAUAAGCAGAAGCUUCUGAAGGAUAUCUGUGAGAUGUUGGAUAUCCCUGUAAAGAGCUACAAAAUUGAUACCAAAGACGGAACGCAGGAUAUCAUUGAAAUCACUUGCAAAAUUACUUAUAUUCAGAAGGGAGACAAAGCAAAAAUCUGCUCGGAGAUUCUCAAUUAUCUUCAGGAGUUGCUGCUCAAGGAUGACUAAACAAUGAAUCAUUUUGAUACAAUUUAUUAUCCGUGAAUUUGUCUAUAAAAAAAAUUAUGGAAAAUACUCAGUACGCUCAGUACAAUUCUGAAAUAUGAAUUUAUACACAAAAAAACUUUACCGAUUGAACGGAUUGAACUUAAACUUUCAAAUAGAGUUUCACAAGUCGCUAUAUCUUUUGACCAGUAUACAAUGAAUAUCCUAGCGCUUGUAAAAUAAAUUAAAAUAAAAUAAAAAUCUUGCUUUCACGCAUCUUCUGAAUCA